GGGGUUGAAAUUAUGGGAAUAGAGAAAGAUUAGUUAGGAAGAAAUGCAUAUAUUUAAUGCUAGUUCCUGAUUUUGUCUGUUUUAUCCAAUUUUCCAACCCAUUGCAAAGAAAAAUCUUAUAACUUGGUAGUAGCCCACAACAAAUUAAAACUGCAUUCAAAGAAGUACUGCAAGAAACCUCAUUGUAGCUAUCUCCCACAAGCAAUCCCUUAAUCUAAUUCAUAAUCAUUGUAAAGAAACCAAGAAAUUCAGUUAUAUUCACAUUCUUGGGUCAAACUCAAGAAUCUUUGAGACUUUGUGUUUUGGGCUCCCAAAAUACUGUACAGAAUGAGUGUGAUGGAAAAAGUUAGAAACUUGAUAGGAGGUGUUUAUUCAGUUGCUACCCCUUUUCACCCCUUUGGUGGUGCUGUUGAUGUCAUUGUUGUUCAACAACAAGAUGGGAGUUUUAGGAGUACGCCGUGGUAUGUUCGGUUUGGUAAAUUUCAAGGUGUUCUUAAAGGUGCCGAAAAGAUUGUUCGGAUAAAUGUUAAUGGGGUUGAAGCAAAUUUUCAUAUGUAUCUUGAUAAUUCCGGUGAGGCUUAUUUUGUAAAAGAAGUGGAUGACAAUGAAGUUGCUACUAACUCUGAUUCUACUGAUAAUAGACUUGAUGAAAUUAUAUCUGAUUCAGGGGUGCUUCAGUUGACAGAUGUAGAUCAUUCUUCAGUUUCGCCAAAAUUUCAAAAGUCAGAAUCUGAUCUUGAUCGGAGGUUUUAUGAUUUUCAAGAUGAUCAGCCCACAAUUGAAGGUUCAGCUGAUUUGUUGGAAUACGAGCGUAGUCAACAUGACAAUCUAGAUGGAGAGAAUCCGGGGGUGACCUUGGUUAGUGUUGACGGUCAUAAAUUUACAGUCCCUAUCUUAGAAUCAGAGCCAACUGAAGAAAAUUUGCAGUUGAAUAUUCCUCAAAUUCAUUUGGUUCCAGGUGAAGGGACUGAUUUCGAUGAAGGGAAUGAGGAGUUUGGUUCUGGCGAAAAUGUAUGCGCUGCUGAUUAUGUUAGUGGGAAGGAUGAUUCAACUGAUGUUCCAUCCAGUAUUUAUAGCUCUAAUAUCGAUAAUUGUACUUCCGAGGUUCAGCCGGAAGAUUGCCAAAGAAAAGAGGGGCCUAUUUGUCACACAGAGGAAACUGACACAGAAGAAGCCACAUCAUGUAUAAAGACGGAGAAUGUCUUCAAAAGUUGUUUAGACUUCCAUGAACUUGCUCAGCAGCAGGAUGAAAAUGACAAUUUACAAGAUAAAACGACGUCCUCGUUGGUGGAUCAAAAUUCAGCAAAGGAACCUAAUGAAAACUGUUCAAAUGUUGAUGAAAAUGAACAAGAAAACAUCAAACAAUCUAGACAUAUUGACGAGUUAUCUUCCCUUAGCGGGGCUACUUCUUCACACGACAGUAAUUCUCCAAAACUAAAAGUAGAACUUCAAGGGGUUGAUAAAGAUGCAUCAGUGGAAGUUGACACUGGUUCUGGCAGUCAUUCUGGUACUAAUGACGUGGAGGGGAAUGAUAAUCAACAAACCAUUGUACUUGAAAAUACUAGUGAGGAAGAUAUUGUAACGGCACCUCAGACAAUAACUUCCAAUGAGGAGGAUCAAAGGCAUUUUGGUUUGAGAUUUGAUAUCUCACUUUGUGGUCACAAACUUAAGGCGGGUAUGGGUUUUAUCGCAGCUGCUGAAGUGUUUGAAGCACAUCGAAUAUCGGCUGAGGAAUUUAGAGUCUCUGCACCAUCUAUAACUAAGAAUGAAAAUCUUAUUGUGAAGUUCAGAGAGAGCUAUCUACCGUGGGAAAAGGCCGCCCCUCUUGUUCUUGGAAUGGUAGCAUUUGAUUUAGACUUACCUGUUGGCCCUGAAGAUACAAUUCCUGUGGGACAGGAUGAUACGUUGAAGUCCAGCGUUGAUGAUCCUGGACCAUCUUCAUCGGGACAUAGGUGGAGAUUCUGGCCUCUUGCUUUUCGAAAAGUGAAGACCGCUGAGCACACUAGUAGUGAUGAAUCAAGUGAAGAUAUAUUUGUAGAUUCCGCAUCUGAUUUUUUCGGUUCUGUUGGUGAGCCAUCUCCAACCUCUGGUAGUCGUGAGUCUCCUCGCAAGCAAUUUGUAAGGACAAAUGUUCCCUCUAGUGAGAUGAUAGCAUCAUUGAAUCUCAAAGAUGGUCAAAAUAUGGUAACAUUCAGUUACUCUACAAGGGUUCUAGGAAAACAAAAGGUUGAUGCUCAUGUAUACUUAUGGAAGUGGAAUGCAAGAAUAGUAAUUUCAGAUGUGGAUGGAACUAUUACCAAAUCUGAUGUUUUGGGGCAGGUCAUGCCUUUAGUUGGAAAAGAUUGGAACCAGACUGGAGUGACAAGGCUUUUCUCUGCUAUUAAGGAAAAUGGAUACCAGCUACUGUUUUUGAGUGCCCGUGCUAUUGUCCAGGCUUAUCUAACCAGGAAGUUUUUGGUUAACCUGAAACAGGAUGGAAAAAACUUACCAAAAGGUCCUAUGGUUAUUUCACCUGAUGGAUUAUUUCCCUCUCUUUACCGAGAAAUAAUAAAAAGAGCUCCUCAUGAGUUCAAGAUUGCUUGUCUAGAGGAUAUCAAAAGACUUUUCCCUUCUGAUUAUAACCCUUUCUAUGCGGGGUUCGGUAAUAGAGACACAGAUGAACUUAGUUACAGUAAGAUAGGAAUUCCAAAGGGCAAAAUAUUUAUCAUUAACCCUAAGGGUGAGGUGGCAAUAAAUGAUCGUAAGAUCGAUGCAAAAUCUUAUACAUCACUACACACAUUAGUCAAUGACAUGUUCCCGCCUACGUCUUUGCUUGAACAGGAGGACUUCAACUCUUGGAAUUUUUGGAGGGUGCCUUUACCAGAUAUUGAUUAGUUCUAUGUUCAUUUCAGUUAGAGUUUUUACUAGGAUUCUUUGGCAGAGGGCUAUCCAAGAUGUUAACAGAAAUGCUAUAUUUUCGACCUACAUGACACAGUUGUGUUAUGCUUGUAAAAUGUAAAGUAACUUACUACACUGAAAUUCAUUAAUGACAUACAUACAAGUUUCUCAGGGGUUCA